AUGAAUCCUAAAACUAAUUCAUAACUAACUAAUGCAAUUCAAAAAGAUCCGAAAUUAAACAUACGCAAUUCUCAUUUCUAUAAUUUCAUCAAAAACAAAAGAUUCCCAUACAUCAACGCUAACAAAACUAUCGCUCUCAUCAAAAAGAACAACCACCCACACCCUGCUCAACAAGAAAUCUUCUCAAAUGACAAUGGUUCCCUCAACAAAUUGGAAAAACCUGAUGAACCCCAACAACCAAACAAGAAGAUUUUAUUUGAGUAUUGCGUUCUCCCCAAAAUAAACACCUCCUAUGCCAUCCAAUAAUAGCUCAAAGAAUCCAAAGGUUUCGAUGAAAGCAGUAUGAAUAGUAUUUUUAUUAUGUUGAGGACAAUAUUCCAAGAGAAAAAGUUAGUUGCUCAAAUAACUAAUGCUUUUAUAUCAAAACGAUCAAACUUUAUCCAAUAUCACUUUAGCGUUAAAAGAUUGUUCCAAAACCAUCAAUCCUACGCAAGGCUAAGAGAAGGAAUAAUCAAAAAUUCUUGAACAAAGACCCUAAGGAAAGAUAUAGAGAAGAUCUCAGGUUUUGAUAGAAUAGAAUUUAGAUAUGAGCGAAGCCAGAUUCUCCAAUUCUAACAGUAUCAUUGAUAUCUAAAGCUUCAGCAUAACAAAAAAGGAGAUUGCUCAAAAGAGAAGGAGUACUUGUGGAAGACUUAGAAAGUAAGAUUAUUCUGAUUGAAUUAAAUUAUAAAUAAAUAUUAAUGAAUAGACUCUUGAUUACAGAAUUAGGUGAUACCAUGAGAUUAGACUUGAAAAAGGAGGUUAACAAAACUCCAUCGUCAAGCAAGCAUAUUAUUAAAACCACAUUUCCUGAAAUCAAAAAUAAUAUGAUAACUUCUUCACUUUUUGCAGAUAUUGAGAAAAAUGAGAAUCCCUUAUAUUAAAAAAGCCUCUCUGAUCAAGCUCUGCUAAACCUCUCAAAAAUAGCCAAUCUUUCUUUGUUUGGACCCAAAUGCAAGGAAUAAUUGAAGGUACAAAUCAGAGAGGAUCUAUAAAUGAAAACCUAAAAUGAUUACCUAAAUUAGUAACUAGAAAGAUAUGUAACUAGGAUACUCGAUGACAAAAGUAAUUAUUUGAGGUUUCAUUCUUAGAUUUGAUGACCAAGCGAAAAAGGUAGCUGUUAAAUGAACUAAAAAGAUUAGAAGCCAAAGAGAAAUUAUAACAAUUUAAUCAUAUGCCUACUGAUUUAUCUCAAUUUAGUUCUAUUAUUGAAGAUACUGAUAGGGAAACAAAAUUAAUGUCCAUUGUUAAUGCAGAAGGCAAACUAUUAUAAUUAUAGAGAAGGUAUGACUAAAAAUUACAGGAGGAUGAAAAACUUAAACAACAAAUAAAAAUCAACUACAGCAAAUUUAAGGAUGGUUAGACAAUGUAAAUAGAAGCUUUGCCAGUGCUAUCGAAAGAUGAAAUGGAAAACAAUGUAAAGGACAUCUUCAGCAACAGAGAUUAAUCUUCUCAAAGAUUUCAUCAAAGGAUUAAUGAAAAACACAAAAAAUAGAAGGAAUAUAUUUGGAAAUAGCAUCAUUUUCCAAAAGAUCACAGAAGAUGGUUAUCUAAUUGA